CUCGGUCCCUUUUUGAGCGCUCCUCUCACUCCCUUUGCCGCACUACUCGUCGCGAUCGGGACUUGGGGGGAAGGAAGCGGGUCGUCGUCGCCGUCUCCGGGCCGCGCCGCCGCCACAUUCCGUCAAAUCCUCUCUCGAUCUUGGCUCUUUUCCUCUCGGGGCGGCGGGGCGACCGGGUGUGGGCGGCGGGGCGACCGGCGAGUGCCGGAGAGUUUAGGAUCUGCAAGAACUUUUAUAAUUGAGAAUAUAGCUAUUUUCAGCAAUGAAGAAGGAAAAUUGCCCAAGUGUUUCUCUUGAUGCUCGACUUACAAGAGCACGUGCUGCUGCUUGCCGUGCAAACAGUGGAUUACCCCCUUUGCCAUCAUCCGUCGCAAAUCCAGAGAGGAAGCAGACAUGUUCAAAGAGAAGGGCUCAUGAUAUAAACAGUCAUAUUGCUCCAUGUCCAGUAGGUUCACAGUGCAAAAAACGGGCGGUUUUAAAGGAUGCCACCAAUACCUCUUCACAGAAUACUUCUAGAAAAUGGAUACCAUCAGGCAAAGUGCAGCCUUCUGUUCAAAGACAAAGAAGAGCUCCUUUAAAAACCAAAGGGUGUGUUGAUUCUAAGGCUUCAAAUUUGUCCCUAGAUGGAAAUGAACCAAUCAAUGAUAAUGUGGAAAAUCUAUUGAAUGAAGAAACACAAAAGAUGGAGAUGUUGGUAUCAAAAGAACCUUCUUUGUUGGAAAGAAUGGACUCAUUUGAAUCAGACAACAAAGGGAUGCCAUUAGUAGGCAAUGCCUUUACUGAUGAUAAUGAGGAAAAUAAGAUGUUUGAAGAAGAACAUAAGAUGAAGAUCUCUGAGACAAAAAAUUCUUCUUCUUUGGGAAAUGUGGAAGAUAGCAUUGUAGUGUUCAAAGAUAUGGAUACUACUAAGGAUAGAGAGAGCACAUGCGCAACAAGUUUGGUUAGAGCACAUAACUUCGAAGGCAACCUUGAAUUCACAAAACAGACAAAGAAUGGAAAAUUUAGCGUCUUGGGGUUCAUUGACAUUGAUACAGACCAUGGAAAUCCUCAAAUGUGCUGCACUUAUGCCUCAGAGAUAUAUACAACCCAAUGUGUAACAGAGCUUGUUCGGAGACCAGUUGCUAACUACAUGGAAUCAUUGCAACGGGAUGUCUCUCAGAGUAUGCGGGCCAUUCUAAUAGAUUGGCUCGUGGAGGUUUCUGAGGAAUAUAAGCUUGUCCCGGAUACACUUUAUCUUACUGUACAUAUAAUUGACGAGUUUCUUUCACAUAACUAUAUUGAAAGACAAAGGUUGCAGCUCCUUGGCAUCACUUGCAUGCUAAUUGCCUCAAAAUAUGAAGAAAUAUGUCCUCCGCGUGUGGAAGAAUUCUGUUUUAUAACUGACAACACCUACACCAAGGCAGAGGUUUUGGAAAUGGAGAGACAAGUACUCAGCUUUUUGGGUUUUAAGCUCUCGUUACCUACAACCAAAACCUUCCUCAGGAGAUUUUUGCAAGCUGCAAAUGCGUCGCAUGAGAAUCAAACGUUGACCUUUGGGUACUUGACCAAUUAUUUGGCAGAGAUGACCCUAGUGGAGUAUAGUUUCUUAAAGUUUCUCCCUUCGAUCAUAGCCGCAUCCGCUGUGUUCCUGGCUAGAUGGACAUUGGAGUCGAAUCACACGAACCAUCCAUGGAAUUCCACUCUAGAACAUUACACCUGCUACAAGGCCACUGAUCUGAAAGAGGCAGUCUUGGCGUUGCGAGAGUUGCAGAUGAACAGCAAGAACUCCCCACUCGACGCUAUACGUGAAAAGUAUAGCCAACCAAAGUUUGAUAGUGUAGCCAUCCUCACGUCUCGAUCGAUUGAAGAGUCGCUCUUCUCGUAAGGAAGCUGUGUUCAUCUCCGACAUAAUGGAUCGAUUUGACUUGAUUGAAAGGGUAAUUAAGCUAACAGCAUGCUUUGUCCCUUUAAAUAUUAUGGCUACUGAUUCGGUGGCUAUUUUUUUUUUCCAUUCCUUGUAAAACACUUGUUUCCUCAUGUUGUGGGUUCACAAAGUUGAUGUCUGUAAUCAAUAACGAUAACUAUUCACGAUAAUCUUCCACGUAGUGUAUGUGUUAUGUACCUCUGUGACUGAUGUAAAUAAAAGGAUUUAGUCGUGUGGUUACGGCACGCGGAUUAAGGUU